ACCGCGAAGAAUUGUAUCUUCUACCUAUCAGUUUCGCAACCGAACACUCAAGAGACUAAUAUGGUAGUUGGGGUGGGGCAACAAGAAGGGCAGACACAGAGAGCGUUCGGUUAUGCAGCGCGGGACGCAUCAGGAAUCCUUUCUCCAUUCCAUUUCACUCGAAGGAGCAAUGGAGAAGACGACAUCACUGUUAAGAUUCAUUAUUGCGGGGUUUGCCAUUCCGAUCUGCACAUAAUCAGGGACGAGCACGGUAUUUCCCAGUAUCCUAUUAUUCCCGGGCAUGAGAUAGUUGGCGUGGUAACUCAGGUAGGGACCAAUGUAGAUAAAUUCAAGGCUGGGGACAUAGCCGGGGUCGGGUCUCUGGUUGGCUCCUGUGGGGCCUGUGACAACUGCCGGGAUGGCCUGGAGAGUUACUGCCCAAGUCCUCUCUACACCUGCACAAUGCUCGAGUUCGAAGGUCAGGCCAAACAGUAUGGCGGAUAUUCUGAUAUCAUUGUCGUCAACCAACACUUUGCGGUUUGCAUACCUGACGGCCUCUACCUCCCUGGAUGUGCUCCGCUGCUUUGUGCUGGGAUCACAGUCUACAGUCCCAUCAGGAAUCUCGGGCUCGACCAGCCAGGGAAGCAUAUUGGGGUGGUUGGACUAGGAGGGUUAGGGCACUUGGCUGUGAAGUUUGCGAAGGCAUUCGGGGCUGUGGUGACCGUGAUAAGCUCCUCCGAGCACAAGAGAAUGGAAGCAACCGAGCAGCUUGGAUCUGACUCCUUCCUAGUCUGUCACGACUCAAGGCAGAUGCAGGCUGCUGCAGGCACGAUGCAUGGGAUUAUAGACACGGUGAGCGCGCACCAUCCCUUGAAGCCAUUGCUCGAUCUACUGAGGACUGAUGGGAAGUUAGUGAUGCUGGGCGCUCCUGAUCUUGAUAAACCUGCCGAAAUCCCUCUCUUGCCAUUGCUCGGUAGAAAGUACGUGACUGGGAGCAUGGCAGGAGGAAUGAAGGAGACGCAAGAGAUGAUGGAUUUCGCAGGGAAGCACAAUAUCACGGCUAAUGUCGAGGUCAUCCCGAUGGAUUAUGUGAACAGAGCUAUGGACCGGCUUGCCAGGGGAGAUGUCCGGUACCGAUUUGUCAUCGACAUUGGGAGCACCCUUGAUCAACAUUAGUCGAUUAGAAGCGAAGUAAUUCGAUGUAUUAAUUCCUCCGAGAUUGCUUUAUAGAUUGCAGCAGCAUUGUCAUAGAUUCUUAAUAAUGAGUUUUCUUUUUCCCGA